AUGGACAUCACCAGCUUCAUAGUUAGCCACAGGGAAGACGCUUUGCUGGCCGGGGAUUACAAUUCAUAUCGAGCACAGUUGACUCGCAGAUUACACACCAUACGGAAGAAGCUGGGCCAGACAACCCCGCGUGGUAAAAAGUACUCUGCGAAACCUACGAUAACAGCAGAGAAGGUCGCCAAUGACACCAACUUCGCAUUUCUCAUACUUCUCUGCGCGGAGCGAGCGUGGGCUACCGCAAUGCAUAUGAAGUCGACCCACUCCGCAGACCCGUCUACCAAGGGCAUUGCCAGUUCUGCAAGACGGCAUAUAAUAUCUCGUUUGAAUAAAGCGACUCUAUACGGAAAACAACUAGUUUCAGUCCUUCAAGAUCCGUCAGCGUCUUCCGCAUCCAACAUCGACCUCCUUGAGGCGCGGGGUUAUCUAGCUUCCCUCCUUGGGGCGUUCUGGAUGGAAAAGAAGAGAUGGGAUUUGUGUCUACAACAAUAUUCGGUUGCAAAAGUAAUAUACGGCGCGCUCAGCACGAAAGCGAAGAGGGAAACCUAUCGAGAUCUUUUAUCGACCUCCAUCGAUCCAGGUCUUCGAUAUGCGGCUUACCAAUUAAAGCUGCCCCGGUCGGCAGCUUUAGAAUCCAUCGCGAUCAAAAACGUACCAUCCGAUUCCCCAGUCCGCGGAGAAGUGACUGCCAUCGACCCAGAUUGCUUCGUCGAGCGGGGUUCUAAUAAUAAACAGCCGGCGGCUGACGGCGUCACCGUCCAGGAUAUCCCACAGACCAUUACUUGGAGGUCCCGGACAGUCGCGCUGGAAGAUGCGGCUAUAUCCCAGGCACUGGCGGCCGCUGCUCUAGCAGAAGCCCAGCUAUCUUCGUGGCUCUCGAGCCCCGCUGGUCAAUCUUCCUCACUCAGUGAAAAAGCAGCGAACUACGAUAACGUGAUAAGCGCUAGCCAGGACGCGGUGGACGCGACCAAGACGACUAUUGAUGAGCUUUCCGCCGAGGGGAUUGACCCGGCGGACAAACGCAUGCAAGCACUGCAAGUGACACGGACAGCAGUGAACUACGCGCUGGUGGGUUGGCGCGUGGGCCGCAACCGGAUACUGUGUGGCACUGACGACGGUCUCGGCUUUAAACCAGAGCAAAUGAAAGCAGCCGGCGGGAAGCAGAAAUCUAGGAAAUCCAGUGGCAAAGGCAUCGGUCGCCGACUCGCGCGGUUGCGCGAACGCACUACGCUGUACGAUGCGACCCUUCAGAGCUUGGACUUCAUCCGGGAGCUGCCUGGCGUUGCAGGAGACGUCGACUUCGUGGAGGAGCUAAAUUCAACAAAGCAUUAUUUCCAAUCACUCAGGUGUCUGGCAGUCGGCAGAGCACACGCCCUCCUCUCCAGCCCAAAGAAUGCCCUCGCGCUCUUCUCACGCGCGCUGGAUCUCGCCUCCACCGCUCUCCCGCGCUCCGACACGAACAGCCAGCAGCAUCAGCAGCAAGAAGCACACGCAGGCCCACCACGCCUCGAGGUCUCCAGUCCACAGGCCGCCGCGCUGCACGCCCACCUCCAAAGCCUCGUCUGGCAAUACCGGGGCAUCGUGGAGAUCGAGCGUCUCACCUCCCAACGCAGCAGCGGAGGCGGAGGAGACAGCUUCCUGCCACCGCCCAUGAUCGAGCGCCUGCACGAGUACCCAUCGUCAGACAGCCAUGUCGACCUGACACGACUGGUGACGUAUCCGCCCAAGAUGGAGCCGGUACCCGUGAAGCCGCUGUUCCUGGACGUUGCGUUCAAUUAUAUUGAUUAUCCGCGGGGAUCUAAUAAGGGGGGGCUCGCGACUGGUUCGGGUGCGAGUGCGGGGAUGGACGCGGAUGUUACGAUGCAGGAUACGCAGGCAGCGGCGGAGACGAAGAAGGAGGCGAAGAAGGGGGGGUGGUUUGGGUUUGGGAGGUGA